GCAUUGCAAUGGCUGCCAUGUAGUACCCUCUCUGCACAAUUAGCCAAUCAGAAGCGCGCUCUGCCAGCCAGGAGGACGCAUAAAAGAAGAACAUUGCAGCAGAGGCACAGAAGGAGACUGCGAGAGUAGCGAGGAAUUACGCACACACAUUCACACACAUACACACACACACACAUACAAAACAGCCGAGCCAGAACACCCUCCCCUGGACACACCCUGCCGAGGAUCACUUCUCUUUUUUUUUCUCCUCCUGAACCAUCGCCCACGCCACACGGAGAGGACGCUCUCCAUCACCACCAUCAUCCAGAAGAAAACACCUUUCUUCCCAUUUUCAUCCUUGUAGAGGACACCUACAACCUCCGAGGGCUGAGAUCCUUUGGCGAAGAUUGUCGUUUUUUCAUUUUUUUCUUUUUUUCUUUUCAUUUUUAAAGGCCAUAUCAUAAAAGGCCUGAUAGAGACUCAGCUUUCAGCUUGAAGACCAGUGGAAAGAAGGACCUAGAUAUCUUUCGUUGUACGUCAAGAAUGGUUACUCAGAUAAUCAGCACCAUGGAAACGCAGGUGUCCAACGGUCCAAGUGGAACCAGUCUGCCUAAUGGCCCAGUCAUCAGCACAAACGGCUCCACAGACGACAGCAAAACCAACUUGAUCGUCAACUAUCUGCCUCAGAACAUGACCCAGGAAGAGUUCAAAAGCUUGUUCGGUAGCAUCGGCGAGAUCGAAUCGUGCAAGCUCGUCCGAGACAAGAUAACGGGUCAGAGUUUGGGUUAUGGCUUUGUAAACUACGUAGAUCCAAAUGAUGCAGACAAGGCCAUCAACACACUCAACGGUCUCAAACUACAGACUAAAACAAUCAAGGUAUCAUAUGCUCGGCCAAGCUCAGCUUCCAUUCGUGAUGCCAACCUUUAUGUGAGCGGACUCCCUAAAACCAUGAGCCAGAAAGACAUGGAGCAACUGUUCUCCCAAUACGGUCGCAUCAUCACGUCCCGCAUCCUCGUGGACCAAGUCACAGCAGGCAUAUCCCGAGGAGUGGGCUUCAUCCGGUUUGACAAGCGUAAUGAAGCAGAAGAGGCCAUCAAAGGUCUGAACGGACAGAAGCCUUUGGGUGCUGCUGAGCCCAUAACUGUCAAGUUCGCCAACAACCCCAGUCAGAAGACGGGCCAGGCCUUACUGACUCAGCUGUACCAAACUGCUGCCCGUCGCUACACGGGACCCCUGCACCACCAAACUCAGCGCUUCAGUGUGAUCCCUUCACUGGGAAAGGGACCAGAUCCAAAUAGCAGCUCAAACACAAUACUCGACAAUUUACUAAACGCCAGCUACGGAGUCAAGAGUUCUCCUGCUCUCUUCCCCAGAUUCUCCCCCAUCACCAUUGACAGCAUGACCAGCCUAGCCGGGGUCAACCUCACUGGUCCCACUGGAGCCGGCUGGUGCAUCUUUGUCUACAACCUGUCGCCUGAAGCCGACGAGAGCGUCCUGUGGCAGCUCUUUGGGCCUUUUGGCGCUGUCACCAAUGUCAAAGUCAUCCGUGACUUCACCACCAACAAAUGUAAGGGCUUUGGCUUUGUCACGAUGACCAACUACGACGAAGCCGCCAUGGCUAUCGCUAGCCUAAAUGGCUAUCGCUUAGGCGAUCGCGUGCUGCAGGUUUCCUUCAAGACCAGCAAGCAGCACAAAGCCUGAAAGAGAGGCUGCUAGUGCCAGCUCGCUCAACCUGCAGGGAGACGUACCGAGCUCUCUGUCAUCACUCUACAUGGGCCUGGACUGAGUCUCUCUCUGACAUGAUCUCACACAAAUUCAUAAGAAAGAAACCACAGAACGCAGACAUGUAGGCACACAUACACGCAUUGCACAAACAUAUCCAAGCAUAGGCGAGUCAGAGUUUCGAACACACUAGAGGAGUUUCUUUUUUCCCUUUACACGACAUAGUCCUUUCCUUGUAUUUGCCUGGAUUGAAUUAGAAGGGGUACGUAGCUGGUUUUUGGGGUGGGGGCAAGAGCUAUCUAUUUAGAAGACAGUCUAACGAAUGUGACAGAGAAUGUGUACGGAGUGCUUUGAUUGAAUUCAGGCAAAUAAUGACAACUGAUGAACGAAAUGAUCAAAAAAAUCAAAUAUGUGCAAUUUACCCAAACUCGUACCCCCCGCCAUCUCUCCAAUUAUCUUGCUGGAGGGGGUUGUAGUCACUUUUUUUACACUUGGGCAUUUUGAAUCAGUGGUUUUUUUAGAUCAAAGAAAAUAAAACUAAAAAACAGUGUUCUCUUAUAUACGUCUAUUAAAAUAAUACUAUAUAUUCAAUAUUUAAGGUGGUUAUAAUAGCCGAGUAUGUAAGCAUUUUCUAGAAACUUUGACUACUGUUUCCUGACCUGCAUUGGGUGGUGCCUAUAGAAAAUAAAGGCAUUUUCUCAACUAUAUCAGAGCUUGUUAGCUCAAACCCAACACACUUUAGCUCAAGCGAAAAUACUGGUUACAGAAAAGAACAUCAGAAUCACUCUCAGCCUCACAAUCUCACAUCAUAGUUAGAAACACAGUUCAAAUCAGAAAUCACACAUAUUUAGUGCUCUAAAGCUGUACUUUAUUUAUUAUUUUUCUAAUCUCAUCCACGUGAUGGAUUUCACACAAGCAGACUGUCUGUGAACUUAAGAGCAGAGCAGCAGCGCUCCCACGGCGAUGACGUUCAUUAGUAAUUCUCUGCUGGGCAAGAGAGCGAUGAGUGUGAGGGGGAAACUAUUUCAUCAUAACGCAGCCACAACGGAGGAAACUGGUGUUUUUUUUGUGUGUAUUUAUCAUGCUUUACGAGGCGCUUUAUCCUGCCAGGCAUGGCCAGCUACAGUCUGGAGAGAUCCUUUCAAUGAAGGUGUCAAAAAGUCAAGGCAGAAAGCAAAUGUGAUGUAAAAACCUCUUUAUGAUCACAAGGGUUGAAUGUUACUACUCGUAGCUGCAAAAGUCUUAGCUUGAAAAUGAUCUGAAGGUGAUGAGAAGCAAGAACAUAAAGGCCCCGGCGCCGUUCAUCAGGUUAGUAAGCAGACAGAGGCUCUCUCAACCAAUAAGGUCAUAGUGGUGUAGUCUACAUUUUUUGUACUGGGUAUACUG